ACCUGCCCCAAACCUACUCCGAUGACAAUCUUUAGUGUCUGUUCAGCGUUCUCCGGUGCAGCAUCUCGGAGACGGGUUUUAUUAGCAUAGUUGAAGUGAAACAAUACGUCUACGACAAGUGUCGACGUACUAUGAUCGAAUACCAAGAGCUCUCAGAGAGAUUGGGCCUCUCUGAGAAGUACAUAACGGACUCGAAUAACAACAAUGGUUCUCCUGAGAAAAAAAUGACCGCUGACAAAUAUUCCCUAAGACCACGAUCGUCCAGGAAGAGGACCCUUAACGAGGACUCAGAUGAAAUCGUCACAAUCCCUACGAAAUCCAGGAAACCUGGAUCGGCGAGACCUAAGCAGAAACCCGCGCCACUUUCCAAAUACAGGAGAAAAACCGCAAACGCCAGGGAAAGGAGCAGAAUGAGGGAGAUAAAUCAAGCCUUCGAAACGCUCAGGAAGGUGGUACCGCAAAUGUCAACGACGCCGGAAACGAACGAAAAACUGACCAAAAUCACAACCCUUCGAUUGGCAAUGAAAUACAUAUCGGCCCUCAGGAGUGCACUGGAUGAAAAUGACACCUCGAGCAACCAAGACCUCCUUUCGGAUUGUAGUGAGUUGGAUUCUCUAUUCUUGGACUCGGACGGUGAAUCUAGACCUCUGAACAGUGAUUUUUCUGAUCAUUCUUUGACACCUGUUGAAUUGACUAGUGAUAUUGGUGACAGUUCCUUCUCGUCUCUCGACUUUUCUUCGCCCUUUUCCCCUAACUUCCCGCAGGAUUUGAUAGAAUUCGACCCUUUCUUGUCAGGAUUGAGCUAGCCGUGAUUGUUUUAAUCUCAAAAGACUGUGUAUAUAAUUAUAUGAAGCCGUGUAUUACGUUUGAAUAUAUUAUUUAUUUAUA